UUCGUUCCGAUGUACUGCCGUACCCAAGGCGACAUCUAGGUGUAGAUAUCUAUGAAAAACAUUAGCGUUUUGUUUGUGCGUCACGACACUAGGAAGGGGGAAUUUAGGUUACUUCCGCAAAGCAGCCACAAAGGGAACAAUCUUUGUCCCACUUCAUCGAUUGUGCAUUCAUCAUUGUAAAAGUAUAAGAAACACGUGCUAUACAAAGUUUCUCAUACUUUUAGAAUUAUGGCUGCACAAUUGCAUGAAUUGGUCACAAAUGUUCCAUCAGACAUUAAAAAUGGAUGUGACCAAGUUAAAUGCGAAUUAUCUGGACUCUAUACAGAAGGUGGUUGUUUGGAACUUGGUGAAUUUGCCAGUGUUGUAAAACGUUACUCUGGUACACUGAUUCCCCUCACAAACCCAAAGGGUUACAGUAUGAGGGUGUGUGGACAGGAUGACACAGUCUACAGUGGCAAUGACGAUCAGCUGGAAGCCUGGAAAGAUUUCUUCCUACCAGAGAGAAUGGAGAUGGUGGUGAUUGGUGCAAUUGAUGAGUUCCCAUGCGAUGCAUUUGGCCUGCAGUUAGUCCUCUUGCUGUGUGAAGACGGGAAUAUCUAUGCCUACGAAGAUGAAGUUCUGCACCUUGUAGCCAGAAAUAUAAAGGAGCUGUUUGAAACUGGCUUGACCUUUCCUGGAUUAGAACGCUACAAUCUAGGAGAAUGUUUUGAGGAAUACACAGAGGAAGAGUACAAUGAAAUCAUGGAAUCUGAUGAAAUGAAAGAAAUGACAGAAGCACACAACCGUUUCUGUGAACCUUUGGAGCUCCAAAUAUUGGAAUCUCUACGGAAAAUCAAACAAAAUCAAUUGAAGGGUGUGGAAGAAGGCUGUCCCAAGAAGAAUUCAGACACAACAAAACAGUGUUUGGAGACUAAUUGCUACAUAAUGAAAAAUGCUCCUUCAAACAAAAAAUUACUGAGUGUUCAAUAAAGAGAGCAUUUAAUACUCUUUGUCAAUAGAUUACAUGGACUGAUGAGCUAAUAUGAGCUUUUAAUGGUCAAAAUCUAGAAAUCAAUGUGGCAAAUUGGUCAAUCUGAGGCUGGGAGCAAGGAGACAUACAGAAUACAUGUAAAAGCAAAUGAGCACUUAUCUUGCAUAAUAUUUAUGUAAGUAUCUCUGAAGAAAAUUUUAACAUAAUAAUUCACUUUCAUUAUGUACUGAGCCUCUCCUAAACCAUCUAAGAAAUUAACAAUUAAAAAGACAAAUAUUGCACUUUGCAUUUCUGUACAUAUCAGCCUUAAUGAUCUAUCAGUUGACCACUAAUAUCAUUACAUUAUAAUGUCAUUAUAAACAGUUGGAAAUGUUUAACUUUUCUUGUUUAAUGAUUAAAUGUGUGUAUAUGAUUCUUUGAUAUUCAAUUCAAGUUUAUUUGUAUAGCGCUUUUUACAAUGGACAUUGUCACAAAGCAGCUUUACAGAACAUAAACAUAGAACAAAAGAUAAACAUAAGGAGUAGUAUAAAGAAUUAAUAUAAUAACAAUUCAAGAUAUAUAUAGUUCACAGUAUGUAUGUAUGUAUGUAUGUAUAUCUGGUAGAUUCCUCAUUCCUCCUCCUCAAUAAACAGCAAAAUACAAAUCUG